AUGGCAGCAGAUAAAGACUUUAACGAUGUACUUGAGGACAUAUUUAUGACUGAAGAAACAGCUUAUAAAGAAAGUUAUGAGGAAGGAUACAAAUCCGGCACUUUGGCUGGUAAUCCUGAAGGAUAUCACCUUGGCUAUCAUAGAGGAGCUGAACUAGGCCGUGAACUUGGUUAUUAUUUGGGAACAGUUACAAAGUACCUUGAAGCUAAUGAAAAGCAAGAUACAAAAUAUUCUGUCAAAAUAUUGAAUCAGCUUAUAAAAGUUAAAACCUUGGUUGACUCUUUUCCUCGUAAUAAUUCUGAAGAUCAUGAUAUUUUGAAUUUGGUGGAAGCAAUACGCGCCCAAUAUAAAAAAGCAUGUGCUCUAUUGAAAAUACCAGCUAACAAUCCAUUUGACUCUGACAUUUCAUUCUGA